AUGACCUACCGAAAACCGCGCACCAAUGGAUCGAUGGUAAACGGGAGCAGGAUGGCGCUGAAGGCCUCUGGAGAAUCCAUGAUGGUUUAUACGAUUUCACAGACUUCAUCCAAUCACAUCCCGGGGGGCACACAAUGGCUAGAAUGUACUAAGGGCACUGACAUAACAGAGCAAUUCCUAACACAUCACUUAAGCGGGAACGCCGAAUCAAUCAUUCCGAAAUAUUUCGUUCGAAAAACGAAGCAGCCGAAAAAUUCGCCCUUUACGUUCGCAGACGACGGCUUUUAUUCGACGCUCAAAUCAAAGAUAGUUGAAAAACGAAAGGAAAUACCGAAGGACGUGAGAAAGAAAAGCGAUUUGAUUACCGACAUGUUACUAGUGCUAUUCCUAAUUGGAAGCCCUUUAACUUGUUGGGUUUGGACGCAGAAUCUCCUACUGGGACUUGCGUCUACUGUCGUGGUCAGCUACGUCCUAACCUGCCUUACUUUCUGCGGACACAACUAUUUCCAUAGAACCGACAGCUGGAGGAUGGACUGGCGGGUAACACACGCAAUGUCACAUCAUUUACAUACAAACACGGCUCAAGACAUUGAACUGGGAUUAUUAGAGCCGUUCCUUCAGUUCCUGCCGAAUCCCAAUAAACCAAUUUUGGUGCAAAUGGCUGCUUUUUACUAUCCCGUUAUAUACGCGUUCGUUAUCUUGGGAUGUUUGAUAAAGGACGUGGCAGUUAGUUUAGCGGGAUAUCGUGGGAAAAAACUGACGUGGACUAAUGUCAUCCCAUUUGCUGUACCGGUGUGGAUGUGGCUGGCCAGCGGAUCAUACUUUCCAUGGGUGAUAAGCGUAUGGCUCCUGAUGAUUAUAUUAAGUAGUGAAUUCUUCGUGAUCUUUGGGUUGACAGCUGGUCAUCUUUCUCACACGAACUUCUUCGAAGGAGAUAUACCUCGAUCAGACAAAAUCGACUGGGGCAUUCACCAGAUAGAUACGAUAGUGGAAAACAUCGACAACGCCGGAAACCACUUCAAGUCGAUAACAAGAUUCGGUGAUCACGCCCUCCACCACCUCUUCCCAACUUUGGACCACGCUGAGCUGAAGUACCUUUAUCCAACACUAUUGGAGCAUUGCGAAAAAUACGACACCCAACUCCGCAUGACGAAUUUCUAUAACGCUCUAUUGAGUCAAAGUAAGCAACUCAUUCGCAAACGACCCAACAAUUUCAGGGAAAAGACAGCAAACCCCUUGUGA